GAUCUCAAGAUCAGAAAUGUCCAAAGGGCCUUUACCUUCCCAAGCACUGAGGAAGUUGAGGAAGGGGCAGUGGGGGGAGGGGGGAGGAUUGGGACCCUGGGAUCUGGAGGAUGGCACCUUGAUCCUGUUGAUGAGGUGAGGUUCCAGGUUGAGGAUCAGGUCAGCGGGGUGGGCAAUUUGUUCUAUUAGUUUGUAUUUCCACCAACUAUUUAUUUUCUUUUUGUAUCUCCCUGCCUGCUUCCUCACUCUCCUCCCUUCUCCUCUCCUUCUCUCAGCUACUGCAGGGCAGGAUGGAGAACAAAGCCAUGUACUUACACACCGUGAGUGACCGAGAUACUGGCUCCAUCCUUGAGGAACCCUUUGAUGGCAGAAGCCUCUCCAAGCUGAACCUGUGUGAGGAUGGUCCAUGCCACCGACGGCAGGUGGGAGGAUGCUGUACCCAGCUGGGCUCCCUAUCGGCACUCAAACAUGCUGUGCUUGGGCUCUACCUGCUGGUCUUCCUGAUUCUUGUGGGCAUCUUCAUCUUAGCAGUGUCCAGGCCCCGGAGCUCCCCAGAUGACUUGAAGGCGCUGACUCUGAACGUGAACCGGCUGAACGAGAGCUUCCGGGACUUGCAGCUGCGGCUGCUGCAGGCUCCCCUGCAGGGGGACCUGACGGAGCAGGUGUGGAAGGCGCAGGACACGCUGCAGAACCACUCGGACUCGCUGCUGGCGCUGGCUGGGAUCGUGCAGCGGCUGGAGGGUGUGUUGUGGGGGCUACAUGCGCAGGCGGCACAGACAGAGCAGGCAGUGGCCCUGCUGCGGGACCACACGGGCCAGCAGAGCGACGCUGCUCAGCUGGAGCUCUACCAGCUGCAGGUAGAGAGCAACAGCAGCCAGCUGCUGCUGAGACGCCACGCAGGCCUGCUUGAUGGGCUGGCACGCAGAAUGGGCCUCCUGGGAGAGGAGCUAGCAGACGUGGGCGGCGCGCUGCGGGGACUCAACCAGAGCCUGUCCUACGACGUGGCCCUCCACCACACGCGGCUGCAGGACCUGCAGGUGUUGGUGAGCAAUGCCAGCGAGGACACACGCCGCAUGCGGCUCGUGCACAUGGACAUGGAGCUGCAGCUCAAGCAGGAGCUGGCCAUGCUCAAUGCUGUCACUGAGGAUCUGCGCCUCAAGGACUGGGAGCACUCCAUUGCACUGAGGAACAUCUCCCUCGUGAAAGGACCACCAGGACCCAAAGGUGACCAGGGGGAUGAAGGGAAAGAAGGCGAGCCUGGAAUACCUGGAUUACCUGGACUUCGAGGUCUGCCAGGGGAGAGAGGGACCCCAGGACUGCCCGGCCCAAAGGGUGACGAUGGGAUGCUGGGAGCCACAGGACCGAUGGGCAUGCGUGGGUUCAAAGGUGACCGAGGCCCAAAAGGAGAGAAAGGAGAGAGAGGAGACAGAGCGGGGGAUGCCAGUGGUGUGGAGGCUGUGACCAUCAGGCUGGUGAAUGGCUCAGGCCCUCACGAGGGCCGCGUGGAGGUGUACCACGACCGACGUUGGGGCACCGUGUGCGACGAUGGCUGGGACAAGAAGGACGGAGACGUGGUAUGCCGCAUGCUGGGCUUCCGCAGCGUGGAGGAGGUGUACAGGACAGCUCGAUUCGGGCAAGGUACAGGGAGAAUUUGGAUGGAUGAUGUUGCCUGCAAGGGCACAGAGGACACCAUCUUCCGUUGCAGCUUCUCCAAAUGGGGGGUGACAAAUUGCGGACAUGCCGAAGAUGCUGGAGUGACGUGCAACAGACAUUGAAAGUGGGCACAGCCCAAGGUCUGGGCACUGCUGCAGAGCCUCCUUCCUGCAUUCCUGGGGUGGGGGCAUCACUUAGGGCUACCCUGCCCACACCUCUGCCCUGCCCAGUCCAACACCUACUCCCCCAUACUCCUUGUCCCAGGACCGUGGUCAGCUGUUGUCAUUCUCCUCUUGGGCAUCUGCUCCAAAGUGCACUCUGGGAUCUACUGCCAAUCUCUCCCUUCCACCAGGGUCCCUGAACGGGGAGCCUGGUUACCUGGAUCUCCAGUUUGUCUGGCCUUCUAAACAUGACUUAUCAGGCCUCAGAAUCCAUGCUUUUUUUUGGUCUCGUAGUUACAGAUGAGUGCUGAGAAUAUGUCAGAGACAAAUGAAGCCAUGGAGACAAGAGGGAGGCAUUAUGGAUCAUUUAUACUUCAGCUAAUUCCCAGAACUUAUUUAGCCAGGAGUUUCAACAUCUUUCUCCUCAGCAAGAGGCAAUACUGGGUGAUUUAUCUCCC